AUGCAAAUCACCGCCGUUCUCACCGCUGUCAUCAUGGCUGUCCCAGCCGUCAUGGGUGCUGCUACCCCAAACCCACCAACCUACGGCAACCCACCCACUCGCCCACCGCCACCAUUUGGAUCUAAGCGCGUCCUCCAGGAGUGGUUCGGAACUGCCCCCUUGUGCAACGGCAAGUGCCCAGCUGGCUGGGACACCGUCUUGUACGCCGACCGUGCCGGAGCUUGCCAGUCCAGCACCUCCUACAAGAUUGUCGAGUCCUGCCGCAACCUUUCCUCCCACAAGUGCGCCACCGGUCGCAAGGUUCUUUGCGAGUACAAACUCUCUGGCUUCCAGCACUAA